AUGGCUGCAGAGAUAGCUUGCUGUUGCCCUUCAGCAAUUUCCUCUCGAAGCAAUUUGGCAACAUUUCGCUUGAUCAUCGGGGCUAACCGAGGACCAGCAGCGCUAGCACGGACUACAUCACGGAGAAAAAAUCUGGUAAUAAAAGCUGAGGUGAACUUUGUCGACUCGGACGAGGCCAAGAAACUAAUAGCAGUCGAGGGAUACACGGUUGUGGAUGUUCGAGACCGGACUCAGUUCGAACGGGCCCACAUAAAGGGCUGUUACCAUGUCCCUUUAUUUAUCGAAAACAAAGACAAUGACUUGGGCACAGUUGUGAAGAGGACCUUGCAUAACAAUUUCUCAGGCUUGUUCUUCGGGUUGCCUUUCACUAAACCCAACCUGGAUUUCGUGCAAUCUGUUAAGACCCAGUUUUCGCUCGAGAGCAAGUUGUUGCUCGUUUGCCAGGAAGGGCUCAGGUCUGUGGCUGCUGCAAGAAAAUUGGAGGGAGCUGGUUAUCAAGAUAUAGCCUGCAUAACAUCAGGCCUCCAGUCUGUGAAGCCUGGGACUUUCGAUUCUGUUGGUUCGACUGAGCUGCAAAAUGCAGGAAAAGCUGGAUUGGUUACAGUACAAGGCAAAUUUUCAGCUGUUCUAGGGACUGUUCUCAUCUGUGCGUAUCUAUUCAUUACUUUCUUCCCGGACCAAGCCGAAAAGCUUCUUCAGCUUGUUCCUACCAGUUAG